AUGGCGCUGGGCUCGGCCGCGCUGCCCGCUCGGAACAUGGCGGGGGGCGGCCGGGGGGCGCGGGUCCUGCUGCUGCUGCUCCUCAGCGGCUGCUUGGGCGAGCAGCCCCCGGCCGCCGCCGCCGCCGGCGUCCCCUCCGCCUCCUCGGCCGGGGGCAGCGGGGCGCCGGGCGACGCGGAGGAGACGGUGAUCAUCGGGCUGCGGCUGGAGGACACGGACGACGUCUCCUUCAUGGAGGGGGGCGCGCUGCGGGUGAGCGAGCGGACGCAGGUCAAGCUGCGGGUCUACGGGCAGAACAUCAACAACGAGACCUGGUCCCGCAUCGCCUUCACCGAGCACGAGCGGCGGCGGGGCGGGCGGCCGCCGGCCGAGCAGGAGGACGGGCCGCCGGAGAGCAGCUCCCCGCAGCGCUGCGGCAUCCGCACCUCGGACAUCAUCAUCCGGCCGCACAUCGUGCUCAACCGCCGCACCUCGGGCAUCAUCGAGAUCGAGAUCAAGCCCCUGCGCAAGACCGAGAAGAGCAAGUCCUACUACCUGUGCACCUCGGUGUCGGGCCCGGCCGCGCUGGGGGCCGCUGGCCCCCCCGGGGUCGGGCAGGUGGGGGCCGACGGCCCUGCCGGCCCCCCGCCCUGGACCGAGACCACCUGGAUCUACCACGAUGGCGAGGACACGAAGAUGAUCGUGGGCGAGGAGAAGAAGUUCCUGCUGCCCUUCUGGCUGCAGGUGAUCUUCAUCUCCCUGCUCCUCUGCCUCUCCGGCAUGUUCAGUGGCCUCAACCUGGGCCUCAUGGCCCUGGACCCCAUGGAGCUGCGCAUCGUGCAGAACUGCGGCACCGACAAGGAGAAGAACUACGCCAAGCGCAUCGAGCCAGUGCGCCGCCAGGGCAACUACCUGCUGUGCUCCCUGCUGCUGGGCAACGUGCUGGUCAACACCACCCUCACCAUCCUGCUGGAUGACAUCGCCGGCUCCGGGCUGGUGGCCGUCGUGGUCUCCACCAUCGGCAUCGUCAUCUUCGGCGAGAUCGUGCCGCAGGCCAUCUGCUCCCGUCAUGGCUUGGCCGUGGGUGCCAACACCAUCUUCCUCACCAAGUUCUUCAUGAUGAUGACCUUCCCAGCUUCCUACCCUGUCAGCAAGCUGCUGGACUGCGUGCUGGGCCAGGAGAUCGGCACGGUCUACAACCGUGAGAAGCUGCUUGAGAUGCUGCGGGUCACCGACCCUUACAACGAUCUGGUCAAGGAGGAACUUAACAUCAUCCAAGGGGCACUGGAGCUGCGCACCAAGACAGUGGAGGAUGUGAUGACCCCACUCCGAGACUGCUUCAUGAUUGCUGCUGAGGCUGUUCUGGACUUCAACACCAUGUCUGAGAUCAUGGAGAGUGGCUACACUCGCAUCCCUGUCUUCGAGGGUGACCGCUCCAACAUUGUGGACCUGCUGUUCGUCAAGGACCUGGCCUUUGUGGACCCAGAUGACUGCACCCCGCUCAAGACAAUAACUCGCUUCUACAACCACCCACUGCACUUUGUCUUCAACGAUACCAAGCUUGAUGCCAUGCUGGAGGAGUUCAAGAAAGGCAAAUCUCAUCUGGCAAUAGUACAGCGAGUCAACAAUGAAGGGGAAGGAGACCCUUUUUAUGAAGUCCUGGGGAUUGUCACAUUAGAAGAUGUGAUUGAAGAAAUCAUCAAGUCUGAGAUUCUAGAUGAAACUGAUUUGUACACUGAUAACAAGACGAAGAAGAAAGUAGCCCAUCGGGACAGGAAGCAGGACUUCUCUGCCUUCAAACAGACAGACAGUGAGAUGAAAGUUAAAAUAUCACCACAGCUGCUCCUGGCAAUGCACCGUUUCCUGGCAACAGAAGUAGAAGCAUUUGGCCCAUCCCAGAUGUCAGAGAAGAUCCUCUUAAGGCUCCUAAAACAUCCUAAUGUCAUCCAGGAGCUGAAAUAUGAUGAGAAGAACAAGAAAGCCCCAGAAUACUACCUCUACCAGAGAAACAAGCCUGUCGACUACUUCAUUCUCAUUUUACAGGGGAAAGUGGAAGUGGAGGCUGGGAAAGAGGGAAUGAAGUUUGAAGCUGGUGCUUUUUCCUAUUAUGGGGUGAUGGCCCUCACAGCAUCGCCAGUUCCCUUGUCCCUGUCUCGUACCUUUGUUGUCAGCAGAACAGAAUUAUUAGCAGCAGGUUCUCCAGCUGAAAACAAGUCACCCCCUCGUCCUUGUGGCUUGAACCAUUCGGACUCUCUAAAUAGAGGUGAUCGUAUUGAAGCGGUGACACCCACGUUGGGGAGCAGCAACAACCAGCUGAAUGCAUCUUUCCUUCAGGUGUACGUCCCAGACUACUCAGUGAAAGCACUCUCAGAUAUUCAGUUUGUCAAGAUCUCAAGACAGCAGUACCAAAAUGCCCUGAUGGCAUCCCGGAUGGACAAGACACCUCAGUCCUCGGACAGUGAAAACACUAAAAUCGAACUGACUCUUACGGAGCUGCAUGAUGGUUUGCCGGAUGAGACGGCAAACCUGCUGAAUGAACAGAACUGCGUGACACACAACAAGUCCAAUCACAGUAUGCACAGUGAAGGCUCCAUCUAGGAGCUAACAAUCUGCAUCCUUUCACACCCAUCACUUCAGCAGGACCAGUCAUCGCUCCUUCUUGACUGCAAAUGCUCUUAGUAUGUGCUUGCAAUGCUGUGCUGCAUCCAGUGUUCUGAGACCAAAGACUUAGCGCCCUUCCUAGGAGCAGAAGAGGAAGAAACGAGAACACAGCAAGACAAAAACCAAACAAACAUUGGGCAUGUUGAGUGCCCUUUGGAGAACGAUGGGAUUCUUCCUCGCAAAGUAGAAUCGUGUUUAUUUUUUCAGCCGUAUCUUUGACCCUCAUUGGUUGCCCCUCCUUCCUAGAUGCGCAGAGAAGUUUUUAAAACUGCUCUGAUUAUUUUUUCAAGAGAGAUCAUGUUUUUAAAAAGAAUUUUGCAGAGUUUUAAAUGGUUGCUGUCCCUCCCCUCCCCCAAAUAGGCUCUGUUGUGACUUUGUGAAUCAGCUCCAUUGUCAUAGACCUGUUUCCACCCCUCCUUUUGGUCCUGUCUGUUGCCCUGUUGUUAAAACAGCAACUGGUACCCAUAUGUAUUUGUGUCCUGAGAACAAAGAAUGGAUGAGACUUCAAGGAACUUGUGGCUUAGCAGUAUGGAAGUUUGGGGGAAUGGGCAUUAUUUUCUCCCCAGUUGAGCUUCAAGGAAGGGGUAGUUAUUUUGGUUGCAUGUGUUCAUAAUAUCUGAAAUUUCAGAUGGUUCCUUGUAAAACAAACAAAAAGAUUGUUACAUUUACAGUUUUGUAACCUCCACAGAUGUGUGUUUUGAACAUGAAGGUGGGUUUUUAAUUGACAUAACUGCAGUCUCGUCAAAUUACAGACUGGGAUAAAUUUCUCUAGUAGUGUACUGGGCAAUUUUUGUCCCCCUGGAAUUUGCAUUAAUGUUACUGGGAAUCACAUGGUCAAGUUCCCUGCCUCCCCUGCUGUACUGAAAGCGUGAACCCCAAAAUGUCGAAUCUCAGAUUCUAACAUACCGAAGUAGUCUGUGUGCCCUUUGCUUUAACCAAAGCACAUUUGCAGGGCAUGUUAAAUAACUGAGAUAGAAUUCAGGACAAACCAUUCCCCCAGUAUUACUGUUCGUGUUAAGACAAAAGAUGCUGCUACAACAAUGUCCAAAGCAAAUCCUCCAGGUGGCUCCUAAACCUUUGCCAUUGCAAGAUGGAUUUCAUGGUGGAGUGAGGGCCUUCCUGAUCUCCCCAAAGACUGACCAAGAACUUCCACUACAAGCUUGAUCUGUAUUUUGUGGAGGGAGUUUGAGGGAGCAUAUUGUACUUCAGGGACUGGAGAGGUUAGUCUCCAGGCGAUUCCCCUAUUUUUGAGGAGAUGCUGGAUUUCCUUCCCUCAUCCCUUUUAUCUACUGUUCUUCUAGCUGCCACAGUAGCAUCCUCCAUGACUGCCAUCAGUGCCACUCCACCUGCCCAUCCCAGGCAUCCCGGAGCCUGGCCUCAGAGUGGAGGGGAAAUGCGUUCGUUGGGAGGUCAUUGUGUUGUAUAUUGUAAACCCCCCAAAAUGCAGAGUCUGUCAGUGAGCAAAUGCUGCAUGGUGGUUUCUCUGUUGACUUUCAGCCUGCGUUGCUCAAAGAACCUCCCGUGGCCUGAUGGUUAUGUACCAUUUUCUGUCUUUAUGCUCAGAUAAGCUUUACCUGACUGAGUUUAAAAGCAAAGCCUAGUCGCAGAAUCCUCGGUGGGAAGCACCUCCUCUGUGGUUGUGAGUCAAGUUUGACUCCAUAGUUACAUCUGUGCAAACGUGUUUUGAAAAGGUGCAAUAUUUCACUGCAGCAGCUCCUUGUGGGAAGCCAGAGUAUGUGGCUGCUGCAUGGGGGUCUGUCCCAUUUGCUUUAGGCCUUAGGAAGCAUUUUGCUGUUUCCUCUGAGAAGGGGCCAUAGAUGGGUCCUCUGUGCCCUUCAAGGAGAGAUGGCAUGGGGAAAGGCAGUUCGUGGCCCCUUUCACAGAAGGCACUCUAGCCCUUUGGAGGGCAGUUGGUAAAGUCCUCCAAGGGGGAAUGGAAGUUCCAUGCAUGGUAUUUAACAUGUGGAACCAUGAGACUGGGAAAUUCGGCCCCGAAACUUAACUCUCUCAUUUUUUACCCUUGUAUCUUAAAAAAUGCUGCUGCUUUUUCUUUUUAAACGAUGUGCCUGUUGUCUCCUUCAGCGUUUUCUGGCCCACCCGUUGGCUCUGGCACAGCGCUGCGAGAGAACUGCAGCCACCUGUGGACGUAUGUGCCACACAUGUCUCGGAUGGAGCUGGCAAUGUACAGGUUAUUGACAGCACUGGAUUGUCUAGCCCCAGCAGCCCCCAUUUAGUUGUCUCAAGGAGGGCUGCUAACAUUGCACCUUUUCUGCCAGAGCAGAGGGGUGAAAUGUUAUGAUGUUAACCCACAUAGAAGAGAGAUCUGUUUCCUUGCUCUGGUCGCUUUCAUUUAAGCUGCCAUUGUGCCCUAAUGUUCCUGAUUGGGAACCACUGUUGACAGAGAUGCAUAGCAUGGUAACCCUGGGCUGCAGUAUGCUUCAUGUCAAACCUGCUGAGUUAGGGCAGGAUUCAAACGGAAGAAAUUCUCUGCCGGGAAGAUUUCUAAUUUGAUUGGAUUUCUGGUUUUCAUGCUGCAGUGUGACUUUUUUGAAAAUAUUUGUUCUCCUGUAACACAAACCACAAAAGCCAUGUCAUCCCAAAGGCGAGUAACUCCUGUCUCUGUCCAAACUCUCCAGGCUGUUUUUGCAUAACUUUUCCCUUCACUCUUCCAAAUUUGGUAAGAGAAGGUGAAGUAACUUUCAUAAAGCUAGUUGGUCAUGGGUGUGAUUUUUACGGAAAACGGACAUCCUUGGUAGGGGGACAGGAGCUCCCACAAAUUGGCUUCAGGGACAAGGAAUGUUGUCUCUCCAUAGCCUGGCUUCUGUGGGAAAAAAAAAAGAAAAAGCUAGUCUCUCUGCUGUAAGAGUACAUGGGGCUGUUGAAAUGUGAAGGGGGACCCAGCAGAGAUGGGCUUCUGAGGAGAAUGGCUACCGGGGCAUGUGGCAGGUGCCAGUGCAAGCAGAGGGACGACACGCCCAACUCGGGAACCAAUCUUAGUUUUUGAACCCGUGUUUGCAGAAAUAGUGUUCCUGCUGCAGUGGAAAUCCCCAGAGCUGCUUCUAUGCUGUAAGCUUCCUACCAGAGCAGACAUAGCGCUAUGUGAGUCUCUGCUUGGCUGUCCAAAUUCAGGGGUGCUCAGGUUCUAGAUGCUACGGUACAGUGCCAUGCACACCCAAAGCAGAGCUGUCAAUCAGUCACUGUCAUGAAACAAGGCACCGGCUGAAAGCUUUGGGAACCAUUGGACUUGACUUCAGUCCUUGACCCUUUGCAAGGCUUUGAUUUGUAGAAAGGAUACGGCAUCAUUCAGCGUUGGCUCCUGUGGCUGUAUUGUUUCCCUCUCCCGCCUGCAUUGCAGUGCAAGCCAAAGUGCAGAAUCCAGCUCAUUAGCUGGUGGUCUCUGGGAGGCAGGAGGGCAUGCCACCACCGUUUCCUAUGUCAAUCCAGCUCAUUAGCUGGUGGUCUCUGGGAGGCAGGAGGGCAUGCCACCACCGUUUCCUAUGUCAAUCCAGCUCAUUAGCUGGUGGUCUCUGGGAGGCAGGAGGGCAUGCCACCACCGUUUCCUAUGUCAAUCCAGCUCAUUAGCUGGUGGUCUCUGGGAGGCAGGAGGGCAUGCCACC